GCGUGCCCCGCGCGGGCGGCUGUGCCGGGCGUCCCGGCGUGGCGGCCUCGAUGGCGGCGGCGCCGCCGGUCUAUGUGUACAGCCCGGAGUACGUGGCCCUCUGCGACUCCCUCUGCAAAGUGCCCAAGCGGGCCAGUAUGGUACAUUCGUUGAUUGAAGCAUAUUCCUUACUUGACCAGAUGAAGAUAGUCAAGCCAAAAGUGGCCUCCAUGGAGGAGAUGGCGAGCUUCCACACAGAUGCCUACCUGCAGCACCUGCAGAAGGUCAGUGAGGAGGGGGAUGAUGACCAUCCGGAGUCUGUGGAGUAUGGACUGGGUUAUGACUGUCCAGCUACUGAAGGGAUCUUUGAGUAUGCAGCAGCUGUGGGAGGAGCCACCAUCACCGCAGCCCAAUGCCUGCUGGACGGCAAGUGCAAGGUAGCAAUUAACUGGCCUGGAGGGUGGCAUCAUGCAAAGAAAGAUGAAGCUUCUGGCUUCUGUUACCUGAAUGAUGCUGUCUUGGGGAUUCUGAGGCUACGCCAGAAAUUUGACCGUGUCCUUUAUAUCGAUUUGGAUUUGCAUCAUGGGGAUGGUGUUGAAGAUGCCUUUAGUUUUACUUCAAAAGUCAUGACUGUUUCGCUCCACAAGUUUUCACCAGGAUUUUUCCCAGGCACAGGUGAUGUGACAGAUGUUGGUCUGGGGAAAGGUCGCUAUUACAGCGUGAAUGUACCUAUUCAAGAUGGCAUUCAGGAUGAGAAAUAUUACCAGAUCUGUGAAACCGUGCUGAAGGAGGUGUAUGCUGCGUUCAACCCAGAUGCAGUUGUGCUGCAGCUCGGGGCAGACACCAUCGCUGGAGAUCCCAUGUGCUCUUUCAACAUGACACCCGAGGGAGUGAGCAAGUGCCUGAAGUAUGUCCUGCAGUGGCAGCUAGCAACUCUCAUCCUGGGAGGAGGAGGCUACAACCUUGCCAACACAGCUCGCUGCUGGACAUACUUGACUGGGGUCAUCCUUGGGAGAACGCUGUCCUCUGAGAUCCCUGAUCACGAGUUCUUCACAGAGUAUGGUCCUGAUUAUGUGCUGGAGAUCACACCGAGCUGCAGACCAGACCGCAACGAACCACAGAGAAUUCAAGAAAUUCUUAACACUAUCAAAGGGAAUCUGAAGCAUGUUGUUUAGUGGAGAAGAAAGGCUCAGGUUUCCACAAGAGCAUUUCCGGUGGGGAAGACAGUGUGUUUAUGUGAGCAGCUGGUGAAUCUUGUGGCUGCAGGGGAAAUUUGGAAGAAAUUACUGUUGGUUGGUUGAUUUUUUUCAAGAAGAAAAGCUGCUGCGCACCACAAGCACCGUGGCUUUACCCAGGCAGGAGCGUGGGCCCUUCAGCCACAGCCUUCCAGUGGCAGCAGAGCCUCCCUUGCUCCUUCCUCUUAACACCACAGAGUUUAUUCUCACAACUGGUUUUAAAUGUUUUUUAAGAGAGGGACUUCUUGGAGCUGUGAACCUUCCCCAGCUGGAGCCCAGUGCCACAUUGGCUUUCUGGCAGGAGCACAGCCUCUGAGCUGCCCACCUGGGGAGCAGUGCUGAGGACCAUCCAGGGCCUGAGACAUGGGCUGUGCCUCACAGUCACAGAAAGGCACAGCCAUUGUGCUUCUAACUGGGAUUUUUUAAAAAAAAUAAAGUAUCUGAAAUACUC